CUUCAUUCGCACGCCUGAACAAGCUACAAACUCGUCCAUUCAACCGGAACUCGAGAAAUAGAACAAGCAACUGAAGCUGGACACGAAAGUAUGCUUGCUGAGCUUGCACGCGCCAUUUGCACUUGAGACGCGGAAUGCAAUUGGCGACUUGCUGCUGCCCAUCCUCUCGCUAUUGCACACAAACAGACAUCUGACUCCGUCAGCGGAGAUCUCACUCCAUCCGAGAUGGAUGAGACUGCAUCUCUGCUCCAACUUCUGUCGUCCUCGACAAGCCAACUACAAGUGCUCUACGAGGAGAUUGGAGAUUCAGGAUGCACAUAUCAAAGCGCAAUCCAGGAACUUCACAACACCCUGACCAGCAGUAUCCAGAGUCACUUGAAACGCGCACAAGAUCGAAAAAAGGAGAUAUUCGAUGACUGCAAGGCGCGAAACAUCGAGGCACAGUGUCUAAAAGAGGCGCUGGGAGAGACCUCAGGCUCGCCACCUUGCGAUGGGGCAGCUGAAGAACCUCCUCUGACCCUCCAUCAAAAGCAACAGCGUGUUCAUCAAGAAAUCAGCAAUCUUCGCUCCGUCCACACCUCACGUCAAGCACAAGCUGAUCGCAUGAUCAGCCAGCUAGAAGAGCAACGGCAAGUGCUGGGGGAUAUUGUCAAUACACCUCUUGUGCCAGGCAGCCUGUCUGAUGGAACGAUCCGAGCACUUCCAUUGUCGUACAUUUCCGCAUUGGAAGCGGAGACAAAGAAAGGCGAGGUAGAGGUCAAAGCACGAACAAGCUUGCUGCAGGAUCAGCUUCAGACCAUUCUCAACCUCUGGUCAGCGCUGCAUCUCACACCAGAGGUGAAUCAGGAUGAGUUUGACGCACAGAUCCUCACGCACCUGCAAGUCAAACCGAUCUGGCACGUUGGCCCCGAGACGGGCGGGCGAGCUCACUUUUACGGCGAUUUUGAGCACUUCAAGAACACCACCGGGGAGGUAGAGGUUUUCUGCCCUCCAGAGAUGGUCGAGCCAACGCCCACAAGGAAGAGUAAUGGCAGCGGUGGCAGCCGGAACAGCAACGGUAAUAGUGGCGGGGUAGACCAAGCGCCACAAUGCCUGCAGAUUCGGCAACGAAAGCCAUUGGAGGAAUGGAUCCUGCCCACUAAAGCGAACUUGGAACGCGUCGCAGCAAAGCUGGCUGCGCUGGAGGCUGAGAAAGCAAAAAGAGAGGAGAGGAUCCAACAACUCUACGAUGAGCUCAGCGAGAUCUGGAUGCAGUUCGACGUGCCCCAGGAUGAGAUGGAAACAUUCGUCCACGCCAAUAGCGGCAGUACGCUGGAGGCCAUCGAAGCAUAUCGACGAGAGCUUCAGAAGAUGCAAGAUCUGCGCCGAGAGCACAUGUCGUUGUUCAUCGAAAAAUUGCGCGAGCGCAUCCGGCGCCUCUGGGACACCCUUCGUCUCUCCGACAUUGAGAGAUACGAAUCCUUUCCUCAAUGCUUUGUAGAUAGUGAGGGCAGUACAGAGGAGGCGCUUGCUCUGCACGAAGAAGCGAUAGUCCGACUCGCGCACGAAGUCAAGACCAAGGAGCCCGUUUUGCAGGCGAUCCGGCGGUAUCAGGAGCUAUGUGACGAGGAAAAACAGAUGGAGGAAGAUGCGAAAAAUCCCAACCGCUUCAAGAACACUAGAGGGGACCCAGGGCGGCUGCUGCGCGAGGAGAAAACAAGAAAGCGAAUAAAGGUUCAGAAGCCGAAGCUCGUGCAAGAAUUAUUGAAGAUGAUACCGGCAUGGAAGGAGGAGCAUGGGAAAGAGUUCACUAUUGAUGGCGUUCCCUAUCUUACCACAUUGCAAGAAACCCUUACUGACCCGUCGACGCGCGACUUUCGCAAACGGAAUCGGACGAUCUCGAACUCUUCCACUAUGUCGGAUGGACCUGCACUGGGCCCAUCAAGUUUUCACAACCGCACAGCUGCGACACCAAUUCGCGUUCCCACCACCCCAGCAACAGGCUCGAUAGCGAAGAAGCCAAAGCUUGGCCAGCUACCGCCUAGCAGCGCCCGCUCUACGGCCUCUACUAUGCCCCCUCCAUCGACAGCAACCACGCGCCCGGGCACUUCCCGCAUUACCAAGCUGGUAGUGAACAGCCAUUUACGUCCGCCUGGUGGCCGGACAGUGGCUUCGCCUUCAUCGGAGGCCCCCACCAAGUUCUGCGCCCCACCCGUCUUCCGCCCGCGUCCCUCCGGAAUGCUGCAAACAUACAUCACCUCCGGUGGUGGCCGCAAGAGUGCGGACAGUCCGCAGCUACACGAACAGAUCGCCGCAUCGAGAACAGCUUCUCAAUCAAGUGACAGGACGAUCAUUAUCCAUGAGCGUCAUCCACCUUCGCACAGCCUGCAAGACACAUUUACCACUGACACAUCUAUCCGGUCGGUGCAGAUGAGCAGCCGACGAGACGGUUUGGGAUUAAGAAGCGCAAUUUCGGCUGGACCGAAUUGGAUGCCAGUCCCCGAGGAAGACACGUAAAAGGUCGACCCACCCAGUUGCAACUUUCCGUAUGCAAGUAUGCCUUGUACCAUUAGCUUUCCGUGCUCCUUUGCUCGUUAUACCCAGCGUUGCAAAGUAUGCAAUCGACAUGAU